UGCGCUCUGUCAACCAUUGAAGACUUUGCCUAAAAUGAAAGCCCUGUUGUUUUCCGCUCAACUUCUGCUUCUGGUUUUACUAUGGGACUACUGCGAAGGCCUGGAAACUGACAAUGGAAAUUACACGUUUUGCUACCCGAAGGGCAGUAAAAAUCUGCGAAAAAAGAGGGAUACGGGGGAAGCUGACGACCCCGUGGAGAUCAUUCCUUACAGUGACAAGGACGGAGAUGAACCAGUGAGCAGUGGCGUCGUUGUACCAGUGGCUCGUAGUUCUGAGAAUACCGAGAAUAACGAGAAGCCCAAGAAAGGAAACAAAGGCCAAAAGAAUGGAAAAGGACGCAACAAGCGUCAAACCCGUGAACCCGUGAAGUGCACUGAAAACGAAGACUGUCCAAAGAAAUGCGGAUGCCAAAGCGUUUCCGAAGGCCAGAAAUACUGCGUGAAAGUUUGAGGAUCGAAUGCCUGACCGUGCCAACUAUUCAUAAUUUGGGAAUCCUGACAUGUGCAUC